GCGGGGAGGGGGAGGAGGAGGAGGCGGGGAGGAGGGCGGCAGCAGCAGCAGCAGGAGGAGGAGGAGGAGGAGGAGGAGGAGGAGGAGGAAGGGGCGGGGGCAGCCCCGGCCGCCCGCCGCUCACCGCGCUCCGCCCGCAGGCGCCGCGCAGCCCGAUGGCCAAGCAGCCCCCCGAGGCGAAGGCGCAGCGCGGCCGCCAGGCUGGGCGGCUGCCCCCGGCCGAGGGGCCGGGCCCGGCGGCGCAGCUGAGGCCCGGAGCCCCCGCCGCCCUGCCCGGCCUCCCCGCGGCCGCCUCCUUCUCCUCGUCCUCCUUCUCCUCCUCCUCGUCCUCCUCCUCGCCGUCGUCGUCGUCGGCCGCCGCCCGGCCCGUCUCUCCCUGCAGCCCGCCGCGGGCUCAGCCGCCGCCCGCCAGCCCCGGCCCGUUCGCCACCCGCUCGCCGCUCUUCAUCUUCGUGCGGAGGUCGCCGCUGCUGUCGCGCUCCUCCAGCGGCUACUUCUCCUUCGAGGCCGAGCGCAGCCCCGCGCCCAUGAGCUGCGACAAGGCCACGCAGACCCCCAGCCCGCCCUGCCAGGCCGUCAGCCACUACCUGAGCGCCAUGGCUUCCAGGUGGCGGUCUCACUCGCUAGCAGAAGAAAUACAGCCAGAAAUAUGGAUUGCACAGGAGCUGCGGCGCAUUGGAGAUGAAUUCAAUGCCUCCUAUUGUCCAAGAAGGGGUUUCUUGGAUAACCACGUGGGAAACCCCCAGGUCAUUAUUCUGCGCCUCCUGCAUUAUAUCAUCCGCCUCAUCUGGAGGAUGCAGUGACGCCAUGUGGCACGGGGCGCUGGGACUUGAUGACUUCUUCCAAAAAAAAAGAAAAAAGAUGAAGAAGAGCUGGCGCCAGAGCCUGGCACUUCGAAGCCGCCCUCCCCACCGGGACGCACGAUGGCUGGAUGAGGGUGAAUUUCCCACACGGAGCUGCCGGGACUCCCCAAAGCUGGAUUUUAUCUGAGAGUGGUGUUUACUGUGUUUCUCUCAAUUUUUUUAAAAAAAAUCUUUCUUUUUUAAAAAGGACUUGGAAAAUACUCAAUGAUGGUCGACUCCUGUUCCAUCAUCGCUUCCAGGAACUUAUCAGCUCUUCUUGGAUAUUCCCAAAAAAACAGCGGAGCCAGCUGAUUUGCAGAGCUGCCUUAGUUUGUGCUGCAGCCACUGCGCUGCCAAAGAGGAUGAGGAGGGAAGAAGGGCAGAGGGAUUUCAAUCAGCACUUCUCUUACCUGUAAAUACCUAAUGCUACCCCAAAUCUAAAUUCAUUUGCAUCAUGCAAAUAGCCUAUUUCCUGCUGACUGAUUGUUUUUAUAUAUAAUUUUUUUUAAAUUCUGAAUUUCAAGACUUAGCUGUCAGAUUCCCAGGGUCCAAAAUACCACAACCAACCAACCAAACAAACAAAAAACAAUCCACCAGGUUGCCUUUUUUUAGAAAUUCUUUCUAUAAGACGUGUGAAAAUGCUUCUGUAUUGUAUAUUAUAAUAUAUAACGGUGACUGAGUAAUUCAGCAAUAAACCAUUCUUGGAGGCAGGUUGGAACAGUUCCCAAAACACUGCAGUUUUGCACCCAGAGACAGGUCCUGCUGCUUGACUCCAGGAACUGCUUUAAGGCAUGGUUAGUGUGUUGCUGUUAAACCCAGGAGGGUUUGUGGCACGUUGGAUGUUUUCUGGGAUCUUCUGUUCAGACAGGACCAGGACGAAGAAGGGAGAAGCCAGCCAGGUACGGGCAUGGAGAUGAAGACCCCGAAGGCUCCUGUGAGGGGAUCCAGCUGGAAGAAGGGCCAUGGCAGUGCUGCAGGACAUGGACUUGCAUGUGCCUGUUGUUAAGGUGUCACCAACCUAUCAUUGACUUGCUUGACGUGGAGCGUUGGGUCUGCUCCCCACCGACUGCCUCGGGAAGGUCUUCUCCACGUGCCAGGUCUCUUCCUUCCACCUGGGAAGACCUCAGCGGGUGUUUGUUGCCUCAGGACAAUGCCCUGUCUCCUCUCCCAGCUGUAGACCAUCCCGUGUGGCUCAGGAAGCUCUAUGUGAGGCCCAGGAGGCCACCAGCAGCAGCAGGAUCUGUGUCCCUGCCCGUGGAGGCCCCACCACCAUCUCUGGUUCAUCUCACGCGGGAUGCUUCUGCACAGCAGGCGCUUUUGGGGCGUGCAGUUGCUCUGACUGCUCGCGUAUCUAUGCACAAACAUACUUCUCUUGCCUUCAAAGCUGUCCUCUUCCCUCUGGCUGGUGUAGAUGGUCCUAAAAUCACCUUCCAAAUGCUGCAGUUAGUUCUGGUUUCACCAGCACUGUAGAAGAAAAAGCAAACCCAGUCCCACGAUAGCAUUUUUUUUCCUACUAUGUUGCAAUAUAUGUGUCAGGAGAAGCUGUUCUGAGUGCCAUUGUGUGAAGAUCAGUGUUUCCAUGCUGGAAGAGCUGUACAAUCUGACCUCUAUGCACUGGCUGGUAGGCAAUGACCCAUUGGUGGCUGCGUGCCCCUGAUUGCACUCGUUGGAAGGAUUAUGGAGCAAUUUUAGUAUUUUCUUUUUUUUUUUUCUGGUCCUGCAAGACAAGCAUCUCGUGUGGGAGAUGGCCUCGGCUGCAGGGAUGACGAGAAGAGUAUUUUAGAGGGGGAACCUCUGCACUUGUGGAGAGCGAGCAGCUGCCAUGCCCACCGACCCUGGCUGGGCUGGAGGCUGCGCUGCCCUGAGCAUGUCCCGUGGAGCACACCAAAGAAUUGCGGCCGGCGCCCAGCACUUUACCCCAUCCUCCCGGCCCUGUGCCAUGGAAAAACUCCAUGAGUCCUUGGGGGAGAAGCCGAGGUGUCGGCACCCGCUGGCUUGGGCUUCUUCCCUGCAAGCCUUCCUGGCCAGAAGGUAGAUGGAGGAAAGAAGGUAGACAGAGGAAAAAGCAGCCCCCUGAAAAAAACAGGCUUCACCCCCCUGUGAGCUUGUGGGGGUUGUUUUUUUAAAUAAAAUAAAAUUUCUGAAAAAGGUGUUUUUAAAUAGUGAUUAAACUCGUUUUAGCUGUGUUUGAUGAUGGAUUUUUUUUUUUUUUUUUGGGGGGGGUCAUUUUAAGCCUCUGUAGCCUGUGCUCUGUUCUGCCAAAACGAUUCAAUGAAGUUUUCUGUGGUUGUGGAGAAACCAGAUUUGCUGGAUGGUCUCGCACCAUGUGUUACGCUUCUCCUCUUCUGGUAACUGUAAAUACCCGAAUAUUUAUUAGAGUAGGACACCGUAUUAUUUUCAUCAUCUGAGCCAAAUAUCUGUGUGCAAUGUAGUCCCUUUCCUUUCUCGUGUAAGUUUUGUACAGCUUAUAAGUAAGCAAAAAAAAAAAUCCUGUUUUUUCUAAACUUUUUUUUAGAGUUGAACUUGGUAAAUACUGUAGAUUUUCUUUUUCUUUUUUUUUUCCUUUUUUUUUUUUUUUAAAUUUUCCCUGUGUAAUUAAUGCACUCUACUGUUCCAUAAUGCUGUAACUUGCAGAAAGGUUGCAUAUUUAUUUUCUGCUUAUUUAAGUUCCUCCACAGGUUGUGUCUCGCCCCUCCCUGGCCCCAGGUCUCUGGUGUGUAUGGACCAUGCGAGUGAUCGACCUCCCAGCACUGCCUGCUGGUUUCAGUGCAGCCACCACUCUGUAGGACAACAGAUUUGUUGGUUUUAAGUGCCUAAGUGCCACUUUCCCUAGUGAUUUAGGCACAUACAAGAUGUCAGCAUUAGUGACAUUCAGUGACAGUUUGGCUUCUCCACCUCCAUGAGUUUUCUCAGUCCCUUUUCAAACCACGUUUUCCUCUGUUUCAGCCAUGAUCCUUGGACCAGAUUUAGCAUCAGGUACAAUGGGAGUGCACGCUGAUGUCCUGAUUAAUUACUAACUCAUUUCAUAGGACCCAGCAUAUGUAGCAUUUUUAUUGCAAUUUC